AUGAGCGCUCCAGAUAGUAACAGUGGGCAUGCACACGACUCCGCACAAAAUGAGGGAGCGGCCGAAGGGACAAGAGACCCGUUUGGAAUUGACCGGUUAAGUGUCGACUACGAUUACUUAUUAUACAGGAUACAAGACCAUGUUACAUCGAUACAACUUAGCACAACCGAAAUUUGCCGACAGCAGAACCAACUUGUUGAACAGGGCAUUAUUGGAGACGCUAUUGAUAUCAACAUCGAGGAGAUGCGUCGGAUCCUGCAAAAAUGCGAGGAACUCGAGACUCAUUUUGACAUGCUCGACCAAAUCGACAGCAUUGUGCAAACCUUCAGGCCGCGGCUGGACGAUAUCGUGCGAGAACACCGUGAAUUAACUAGAAAUACAGAGCGGAGAAUAUGA